CCGGCAUGUGGGCGUUGGAGACCCGAGUGGCCCCGGUGCCCGUGGCUCCACUUAGGGAGAAAGGGUGACCCUCCGCAGGACUCCCCCGGCCGGGUCCGGGAAUCCCUGCGCGUGCUCGGCGCCUGGGGGGGCACCCGCUCCCGCUCCGACGGUCCCACCUAACUGCCUGUGCCUGUGCCUGGGGCAUGGGGCUCCCGCUCGCCUGCACUAGGUGAGGGAGGGGGUGGUGCCCUAGAGUUAAAUCUGGAGGCUGAUGCGGACUCCUGGCUUCACCUCCCAGACGUGGAGGCUAAAUUUAGCUGGAGUUGGGGCGUGUGUGCCCAGGAGCCAGCCUGGCCCCGGGAGAUUCCUUUGCUCCCUCCAGUUAGUUCUCUGGGCCAAGAGUGGGAGAUAAAGUAGAACUGUUCAUCCCGGAGCCAGGGAAUCUCCACGGCCUGGCUCAGGCCCCUUUGGUCUGGAGUUCGGACUUGGCGUGAUGCUGCGCUGGCACCUUCAGCAGAACCCCCCGCCCCACGGCGCCGCCACACACACCCAUAGGCUGACUUCUGCUGAGCUGCAGCUUCCCCUCGCCGUUUCAGGAAGUAACCUCCCUUCCCCUCUGAAGCACUCCCCCACACCUCCCAGCCCCUGAUGCAAACCACCCACCAGGCUCUUCCCAGCUUCUGCACCCUGGGGCGCCGCAGGAACCUUGGGGCUCCUACUCCCUGGGGCGGGCCAUGGAGGCAGAUGCAGUGAGUGAGGGGGGGGCCAUGGCGGAGGAGCGGCCCCCCCGGCUGGUGGAUUACUUCGUGGUUGCUGGGCUUGCGGGGAAUGGAGCACCUAUCCCUGAGGAAACAUGGGUUCCUGAGCCCAGCGGACCCCUGCGCCCUUCCCGGCCAGCUGAGCCCAUCACCGAUGUGGCAGUCAUUGCUAGGGCACUGGGCGAGGAGGUGCCCCAGGGCUAUACAUGCAUCCAGGCUUCUGCUGGGGGCCACCCCUUGGAAUUCAGUGCUGGGCUCCUGGGUGGAACUCAGCCUGUCAUCUGCUACCGCAGAGGCCGGGACAAACCCCCGCUUGUGGAGUUGGGGGUGUUAUAUGAGGGCAAGGAACGUCCCAAGCCUGGCUUCCAAGUGCUUGAUACUACACCGUACAGCCACUCAGCCAACCUGGCCCCUCCAGGCCCCGGGCAUCCCCGCACCUACCUCACUUAUAGGCGGGCAGCAGAGGGGGCAGGACUGCAUGCCCUGGGCAUCACUGACCUCUGCCUGGUGCUGCCCAGCAAGGGUGAGGGCACGCCUCAUACUUACUGCCGGUUGCCCCGCAACCUCAACCCUGGCAUGUGGGGCCCAGCAGUGUACCUGUGCUACAAGGUGGGCCUAGCCAAAGCCAACACACUGGUGUAUGAGGCAGAGCUGCUGGGCCGCUAUCCAGAGGAGGACAAUGAGGCUUUCCCGCUGCCCGAGUCAGUGCCAGUCUUCUGCCUGCCCAUGGGGGCCACUAUCGAGUGCUGGCCUUCCCAGACCAAGUACCCCGUGCCCGUCUUCUCCACCUUUGUGCUCACGGGUGCCGCUGGUGAUAAGGUGUAUGGUGCCGCCCUGCAGUUCUAUGAGGCCUUUCCGAGGGCCAGGCUGUCAGAGAGGCAGGCGCGGGCACUGGGCCUGUUGAGCGCCGUGGAACGGGGCCGGGCGCUGGGCGGCCGUGCCGUGCGCAGCCGGCGGGCCAUCGCCGUGCUGUCCCACUGGCCUGCCUUUCCAGCCUUCAGAGCCUUCCUCACCUUCCUUUACCGCUACUCUGUCUCGGGCCCCCACCGCCUGCCCUUGGAAGCGCACAUCUCCCACUUCAUUCACAACGUGCCCUUCCCUUCCCCACAGAGACCCCGCAUCUUAGUGCAGAUGUCUCCCUAUGACAACCUGCUCCUCUGUCAGCCUGUGUCCUCACCAUUGCCCCUCAGCGGCGCCAGCUUCCUGCAGCUGCUGCAGAGCCUGGGCCCUGAGCUGGCGGUCACGCUGCUGAUGGCUGUGCUCACAGAGCACAAGUUGCUGGUCCACUCGCUGAGGCCGGACCUGCUCACGAGUGUCUGUGAGGCCCUCGUCUCGAUGAUCUUCCCGCUGCACUGGCAGUGCCCCUACAUUCCGCUGUGCCCUCUGGUGCUGGCAGACGUGCUGAGCGCCCCCGUGCCCUUCAUCGUGGGCAUCCACUCCAGCUACUUUGAUCUGCAUGACCCUCCUGCCGACGUCAUCUGUGUCGACCUCGAUACCAACACGCUCUUCCAGACAGAGGAAAAGAAGCUCCUCUCCCCUCGGACCCUGCCCCGCAGACCCUACAAAGUUCUGCUGGCCACACUAACAACCCUGUACCAGCAGCUGGACCAGACGUACACUGGACCUGAGGAGGAGGCAUCCCUGGAAUUCCUGUUGACGGACUAUGAGGCCGUCUGCGGCCGCCGCGCCCGCCUGGAGCGGGAAGUCCAGGGAGCCUUCCUGCGCUUCAUGGCCUGCCUGCUCAAGGGCUACCGGGACUUCCUGCGCCCCCUCACCCAGGCCCCUUCUGAGGGGUCUCGUGACGUUGACAACCUUUUCUAUCUUCAGGGUUUCCUCAAGUCCCGAGAACGCUCCAGCCACAAGCUGUACUCUCAGCUGCUGCACACGCAGAUGUUCUCACAGUUCAUCGAAGAAUGUUCUUUUGGCUCUGCUCGGCAUGCUGCCCUUGAGUUCUUUGACUCUUGUGUUGACAAGGUCCACCCCGAGCAGGAGAAGGCCGAGCCGGCGCCCUUAGUGGAGCUGGAAGAACUCUCGGGAAGCGAGCUCACCGUCUUCAUCACCCCCCCUGAGGAGCCCCCCGCCCCAGAGGGCAGUGAAUCCACUCCCCAGUACUGCUACGACGGGUUCCCAGAAUUACGGGCUGAGCUAUUUGAGUCUCCUCAAGAGCAACCAGGGGCCCUGCCUGUGCCAGGCCCAUCCCGUAGUGCCCCCAGCAGUCCUGCCCCUCGCCGUACCAAACAGGAAAUGAAGGUGGCCCAGCGGAUGGCACAGAAGUCAGCGACAGUGCCCGAGCUGUGGGCCCGGUGCCUGCUGGGCCACUGCUACGGGCUGUGGUUCCUGUGUCUUCCGGCCUAUGUGCGGUCAGCACCCUCCCGGGUGCGGGCGCUGCACACAGCCUACCAUGUGCUGCGCGAGAUGGAGAGCCGCAAGGUGGUGCUCCCCGAUGAGGUGUGUUACCGGGUGCUGAUGCAGCUCUGCUCCUACUACGGGCAGCCCGUCUUGUCUGUGCGGGUCAUGCUGGAGAUGCGACGGGCAGGCAUCGUGCCCAACACCAUCACCUAUGGUUACUACAAUAAGGCUGUGCUGGAAAGCAAGUGGCCAUCUGGUACACCAGGUGGACGCUUGCGUUGGGCCAAGCUUCGGAAUGUUGUCCUGGGGGCUGCUCAAUUCCGUCAGCCUCUGAGAGACCGGCAGCGGCAGCAGCAGCAGCAGCAGCAGCAGCAGCAGGUGUCAGCACACCAAGAGGCUGGCAGUUCCCAGACAGAGUCCUACCUGGAACGCCCUUCCCCAACCCGUCCCCUUCAGCGCCAGACGACUUGGGCUGGGCGAAGUCUGAGGGACCCGGCCUCACCCACUGGGCGCCUGGUGAAGAGUGGCAGUUUGGGCAGUGCCCGAGGAGCCCAGCCCACUGUAGAGGCCGGUGUGGCCCACAUGAUAGAGGCUUUAGGGGUCCUGGAGCCCCGGGGAUCACCUGUGCCCUGGCAUGAUGGAAGUCUCUCAGACCUGAGCCUGACAGGGGAGGAGCUGGCACCUGGAGGCAGUCCAGGCGGCUCAGGCUUGGCCCUGAGUGCCCAGUCCACUGAGGCCCUGGAAGGGCUGAGUGUGCGAGGGCCCAAGGCUAGUGGGCGUCAGGAUGAGGCAGGCACCCCCCGGCGAGGGCUGGGUGCCCGCCUCCAGCAGCUGCUCACUCCUUCCCGCCGCUCCCCUGCUGCCCGCAUUUCCCCAUCAGAGAUGCCCCCUGACCUGCCUCCCCCUGCCCGUCGCAGCCCAAUGGAGAGUCUUCUGAGGCCCCGGGAGCGACCUGGAUCCACUGCAUCGGAGAGCUCAGCCUCUCUGGGCAGUGAGUGGGACCUCUCAGAGUCUUCUCUCAGUAGCCUGAGCCUCCGCCGUUCCUCAGAGCGCCUCAGUGACACCCCUGGAUCCCUCCAGCCACCUUCCCUGGAAAUUCUGCUCUCCAGCUGCUCCCUGUGCCGUGCCUGUGACUCACUGGUGUACGAUGAGGAAAUCAUGGCUGGUUGGGCACCCGACGACUCUAACCUCAACACAACCUGCCCCUUCUGCGCCUGCCCUUUUGUGCCCUUGCUCAGUGUUCAGACCCUUGAUUCCCGACCCAGUGCCCCCAGCCCCACCCCUGCCCCUGCUGGUGCCAGUAGCAGCAAAGACGCCCCUGUUCCUGGGGGUCCUGGCCCUGUGCUCAGCGACCGCAGGCUCUGUCUCGCCCUGGAUGAACCUCAGCUCUGCAACGGGCACACAGGGGGCGCCUCUAGGCGCGUGGAGAGUGGGGCCUGGGCAUACCUGAGUCCCCUGGUGCUGCGGAAGGAGCUGGAGUCUCUGGUAGAGAAUGAGGGCAGCGAGGUUCUGGCACUGCCUGAACUGCCUGCUGCCCACCCCAUCAUCUUCUGGAACCUUCUGUGGUAUUUCCAACGGCUACGCCUGCCUAGUAUUCUACCAGGCCUGGUGCUGGCCUCCUGUGAUGGGCCCCCGCCUCCCCAGCUCCCCCAGGCCCCGUCUCCUUGGCUAACGCCUGAUCCAGCCUCUGUGCAGGUGCGACUGCUGUGGGAUAUCCUGACUCCUGACCCUAGCAGCUGCCCACCUCUCUAUGUGCUCUGGAGGGUCCACAGCCAGAUCCCUCAGCGGGUGGUGUGGCCAGGCCCCGUACCUGCGUGUCUCAGCUUGGCAUUGCUGGAGUCAGUGCUGCGCCAUGUUGGGCUCAAUGAGGUGCACAAGGCUGUGGGGCUCUUGCUGGAGACUCUAGGGCCCCCUCCUGCUGGCCUGCACCUGCAGAGGGGUAUCUACCGCGAGAUCUUAUUCCUGACAAUGGCUGCCAUGGGCAAGGACCACGUGGACAUAGUGGCCUUCGACAAGAAGUACAAAUCCGCCUUCAACAAGCUGGCCAGCAGCAUGGGCAAGGAGGAACUGAGGCAGCGGCGGGCACAGAUGCCCACUACCAAGGCCAUUGAUUGCCGAAAAUGUUUUGGAGCACCUCUGGAAUGCUAGGGACCCUUGAGCUUCCCUCUCCAGCCUAUGGUGGGGAGGCGAGGCAGCAAGGAUUCUAUAGACAAACUGCUUCUCUGUUCCCUUCAUAGAGGACUUGGGAACAGGCUGGGAAGCCUGUUCAGCCAUAGGCUCCAAGUGGGGCCAGCAGAAAGGGGGACCCACUGUUACCAAAAGUCACAAUUCCCCCGUCUCCAUCCUGCUAACCUUUUCAUGUCAGUGUUGGGGAGAGCUGGGGAGCCGGUGCAGCUCUGUCCCUCCCCGAGCCUAUUCCAGGAACUCUCACCCAGGGCACCCAAGAUCUGCACUGCCCUGGUUACUUUAGAAGUUUUUGUUUUAAAAAACAACUGGAAAGAUACAGAGCUACUGAGCCUUUGCCCAGAUGAGAGGGGGGAUCUCAUCCCACCAGUGGUGGUCCCCCUUCCCUGGCGUUGCUGAAGGAGCCCAAGGCUCUCCAUGCCUUUCUACCUUAGUGUUUGUAUUUUAUUUUAAGUUAUUUAUUCUGGAGCCAGAGCCCCCUUGCUAAUGAGGCUCUUAUGGAGAGUGAGAAAGAGAAGGGAAAUGGGGCACAGAGGUCUGUAGCUCCCUGAAAGCCAGGCAGUGGGAGCCAGGGGAGCCCCAGGCCCCCCUGAGGAAGAACUGGUGCCUCCUGCAGUCCUGAUCCUUCCUGUCCACUCCAUCUUGGGAAGCGCCCCACCCACCCAGGGCCCUGACCUGUGCAAUAAGAAUUGUCCCCUGCAAAGUUUUGUUGUAUGUAAAUAUAGUAAAAGCUGCUUCUGUCUUUUUC